GGGCGGGCGGGCGCUUGAUUGACGGGGCGGUCGCGGGGGCCGGGGCCCAGGCGCGCGCCAUUGGCCGGCGGGGUGGGUCGGGCGUCCAAUGGGCGGGCGGCGUGCGCGAGCGGGGCCGCGUGGGCCGCGCUGCCAUUGGCUGGAAGUCCGUGUGGGAAAGAAAGUCGGGCGAGUUUCACACGAGCCGUUCGCGUGCGGCGCAGCCGAUAAAUAGCGGCCGCCAGGCGGGCAGCGGGAGCGGCGCCCACCCCUGCCCGGCCACGAUGCCCGCCGGCCUCCUGAUGGAGAAGAGCUCCUCGGCGCCCGCCGCCCCCCACCCCGCGCCGCCGCCGCCGCCCCCGGCCGACAAGCCCCGCACCGCCGCCGCCGAGCACCGCAAGUCGUCCAAGCCCAUCAUGGAGAAGCGGCGCCGGGCGCGCAUCAACGAGAGCCUGGCCCAGCUCAAGAGCCUCAUCCUGGACGCCCUCAAGAAGGACAGCUCGCGGCACUCGAAGCUGGAGAAGGCCGACAUCCUGGAGAUGACCGUCAAGCACCUGCGCAACCUGCAGCGCGCCCAGAUGACCGCGGCUCUGAACACGGACCCUUCAGUGCUGGGCAAAUACCGGGCCGGCUUCAGUGAGUGCGUGAACGAGGUGACCCGCUUCCUCUCCACCUGCGAGGGCGUGAACACGGAGGUGCGCACCCGCCUGCUGGGACACCUGGCUGGCUGCAUGGGCCAGAUCAACACCAUGAACUACCCCGCACCGCCCCCGCAGCAGCAGCCCCCCUCGGCUGCCCCACCCGGCGCCUCCUUCGGGCAGCCCCUGCUUCAGAUCCCUGCUGGGACGGCACCCCCUGCGGGCAGCCUGGUGCCCUGCAAGCUGGGCGGCUCCGCCGGGGAAGGGGCCAAGGUCUACGGCGGCUUCCAGCUGGUGCCGGCCUCUGACGGACAGUUUGCGUUCCUGAUACCCAGCGCGUCUUUUGCUCCUCCGCACGGCGGGGCCCUGAUCCCCCUUUACUCCGGCGGGGGCCUGGGCUCAGGGCUGCCCCCUCCAGCCUUGUCUCCAGCCGCUGCCCUGCCCUCCCUCCCGGCAGACUCUGUUUGGAGACCCUGGUGAGACCCGUGGCUCCCGGCUUGUGGACUUGUCUUGCAGAACCUUGUGGCCGUCCCCAGUGGCUGGCUGGCUGGCCGGCUAGCCGGGAUUCCCGAAGGGGAGGGGGAGGGGCCCCUGUGUUGCUCUUGAGCUGUACAUAUCUCCUGUUCACAUCGGAUUGUGCGUUCUCUUGUUGCAUAGCAAAGACGGCUCCCCAGUGGAGGGCCAAGACUGCUGUCGUGGACUCUGUGUGUGUGUGUGUGUGCGUGUGUGUGUGUGUAUUGUAUGGGGGGGUUGUAUCCCCAGGUCUCUUGUAUGACUCCCCGUCCCCAUUUUUAAGUGACACCAAAGAUCUGUUUACAAAACAAAAAAAAACCUUCCAUUUUUUGGAAGGCAGCAGAAAUAAAAGAUGUUUAGCAUUG